AUGGAUGAAGCCGUCCAUACCGAGACGGUCACUGAACUGUCUGAAGGGGAUCGAGCGUUUCUCGCGAGCUUCACCGACAUGCAGAAGAAAAAGGUCAUGUGGAAGCUCGACAUCAGACUCGUGCCCAUGCUCGCGUUCCUCUACCUCAUCGCAUACCUUGACCGAGCCAAUAUUGGUAACGCCAAGAUCGAAGGUCUCAUGGAAGAUCUUAACCUGAAUGGCACUCAAUACAACAUUGCGCUUUCCGUCUUCUUCGUCCCGUAUAUCUUGUUGGAAAUGCCUAGCAACACACUCUUGCUCAGGUUCAAGCACCCUUCGUACUACAUCGGCACCAUUGUCACUCUGUGGGGUAUCGUCAUGACCCUCACGGGCCUUGUCAAGAAUUUUGGAGGUCUUGUGGCAUGUCGUAUUUUGCUGGGUGUUUUUGAAUCCGGCUUCUUCCCUGGCGCCGUCUUUACCAUUUCUCGCUGGUAUCUGCCACACGAAAACCAAGUUCGGAUCGCACUCUUCUACUCUGCAAGCGCCCUUGCCGGCGCUUUUUCAGGUCUCCUUGCGUUUGCUAUCGCCAAGCUCGACGGUGUAGCCGGCAUCGAAGGGUGGAGAUGGAUAUUCAUCCUCGAAGGCAUUGCUUCAGUCAUUGCAGGUGUUUUGACCUUCUUCCUCCUGAUCGACACCCCGGAGCUUUCGGGAUGGCUCACCCCCGACGAAAAGAAAUAUCUUACCCUUCGACAGUUUGCUGUCCAGGGAAACAGUAUGCGGGUGCGAGCAGCUGAGGAGUCGCGCAAGUGGGAGAUUGCCAAGUCAGUCCUCGUCGAUUGGCAACUCUAUCUUCAGGCGCUGGUCUAUUGGUCGAAUACCGUCCCGAAUUACGGCAUGAAAUUUACCAUGCCUCAGAUCAUCAAAAACAUGGGUUACACCAGCAGCAACGCGCAGCUGCUAACUGUCCCACCUUAUGUCAUCGGUGCCAUCUCGGCUUUUGUCUCGGGAAUCCUCUCAGAUCGCUUCAAAUGGCGAAUGCCCUUUAUCGUCACAGCCCAGACGCUAGUGCUCAUCUCAUUUGCAGUCUUGUUCGCGAAGGCUGAUGCCAUCUCUGAUAACAUACCAGUUUGCUACUUUGCAAUUAUACUUGCGAAUAUUGGCUUCUAUCCAAUCAACCCAGGUGGCAAUGCUUGGACUCUGAACAAUCUUGCUGGGCCGACCAAGAGGGCACAGGGUAUUGCGUACAUGAUUUGUCUCGGCAACAUUGGUGGCAUUAUCGGCAGCUAUAUCUACAUCGAGGAUGAAAAGCCUACCUAUCCCACUGGUUUUGGAUCCUCCCUUGGCUUCGCAGGCCUUGGUGUACUUGCCUGUAUCCUCUUGGAGUUCUUCUAUUGGAAGAUCAACCGUAGCCGAGCGGCUCUGGAUGAAGAUCAAAUUCACCAACAUUACUCGGAUGAAGAAUUGGAGAAGAUGGGGGACCGCUCUCCUCUCUUCCGUUACACACUCUAG